CUUGGGCCCAGGCCUGUCAAAAUGCAGACUUGUUCUAGCCACACAGCUACGCUUUUGACAACGACUACGACGACUACGACAUGCUCAUUAUAGAUGCAGAAGAUUCAGUCAAGUUCAAGCAGGAUUCUGUCGGAGGCAGCAACCCUUCGGUUGCAUCAUCAUCUUUGCAGCAGCCUCCUCCAACAUUCGAAGAAAGUGUUGCAGACCAUUUCUUUACUUCACGGUCUGGUGACAUCAUCUCUCAUGAUGCUCAUCUUAACGAUGAUGGCGAAGCCCUAUACCGUUUCUUACUCUCACAGGCCUCAACGCCACCCACCGUCAUCUUGCGUUGCCAAGGGUCACAUAACGAGACUCACACGCGGAUGGUCCACUCGCAUCACAAUGGACACAGCAGGAUGAAGACGGAGCAGUAUACCGAAAGCAUAACAGACUUCGACUUUUGCAUAGACGUCGGACAGUAUAUUUUCGGAGAGCCAACCCACUGGUCAUAUGCCGAUUCCACCCCUGCAUACAGGGGGCGUAUGUAUCAAGAAGUGGGCAUAUCUGAGGAGAAACGGAAGGCACGGAAGUCGGAAAGAAAGGCAGCAAAGGCGUGGGACACUGAGCGCACUCGCAGGGGGUUCCCUCCGUGGAUCGGUAGUGACUACGCAUGGAGAGAGGACCAAUCAUAUGCCACGCAAGCUAACGGUGUUCUCAGAUCAUCGUGGACAUUACGCCAGUGGGCAGACGAUUAUUGUGCCAGCCGCAAGUACUUGAAAGAAUUUAAUUAUAACAAGAUUGCUUAUGGUUGGAAUUUUGAGGCCAUAAGGGUUGCUGCUAUUUCCACCAUCAAUUCUACCCACUAUCGAGGUGACUUAUCCGUCCAGUUCGAAACAUCCCAAAAUGUUGUAUCUGUCCGGUCACACAACCGCCUUUCCCGCGCUCUUUCAAACCGCUGGAUCAAGUUUUUGCUCUUUCUUACCUUCAUAUACCCGUUUAUAUGGCUAUUCAAACGUUUUCACUCACGCGGUGGUGGGCGUUGGGAUGUCUGCGGCGGCGCAUAUGCGCUGAAGCGCGUUGAACAAACUGCAAAGCAAUUUGCUCCCGAUGUGCAUGCGGAGAGCCCUUUCCGUGAUGUGUUUGAGACCGUGGAUGCCACCGCCCAAGGAUCUUCCCUCGCUAACCCUCCGGGCCGACGGACGAAAGUCGUUGGCAUGCGAGAAGGAGAGUGGUUUAGGCAAUGGGAGGGAACCAUCAGAAGAGCAGUGCAAAACAGGCUGCAGGACAGACAACCCUUGACAAUGCCUGAUGAUCACCCUGCGCAUCAAACAUUGGCGUUGGAUGGGUAUUGAACACACUCGAGGAGUGAAAGGGAACCCCCAAUGCACACUUAUCACCAUGUCCAUCUUCUUGAUAAUAUUGUAUGCAAUAAAAUUUACGUUCAAGU